AAUUCCAAAUCCACAUAAAUUUUGUGCUACCAAACACCAGAUUUAGAAUUGAAGUCCUCAAUUCCAAUUCCAUAGUUUGAAUUCCGUUUACCAAACAAGACCUGAAUGGAAUCCCUGAAUUUAAGUUUAGCCUUCUAAACUUUGUUGGAAAUCUGGGAGGGGAAGCAAAGUAGCAUUAGAGGCGAAUGGUAUACUAAAAUAUUGGCUUCCCAUCGAUGUUUGGGACUUACCCAUCGCUGGUACUACCUAAAUCAUAUGCUGAAGCAGUGGGCGAUAAAGAGGAAUUGGAUUGUAAACUGCAUUUUAUUGCUGCUAUUGAACAUAAUGGAUGCAAAAUUGCAAAAAUGACGAAGGAUGAUAUAGUGGAAACAUCCUCUUACUGGGAAACUGCAAUACUGAUGUGUAUACUAGGUGCAAAUCCUCCAGUCGAGGUUGUCGAAGGAUUCGCUAAAAGGAUAUGGAAACAUGCAGAUAUUCUGGAUGUUACUAUGCUCAAACCUGGGCAAUUUGUGUUUCGAUUUGGUAGAACUGAAGAUACUGAGGAAAUUUUGAAGAAAAGUUACUAUUUCUUUGAUAACAAACCAGUAUAUGUGAGGAAAUGGCAGCCAGGAAGUAGGGUGAACCUAGAUGCUCUGACUGAUAUACCCAUAUGGAUCCAACUGCCAGAUCUGGAUCCCAAAUUUUGGAGCAUCUCUGGCCUAAGCAAGAUUGGAACCCUUAUAGGUAACCCAAUUAAAGCUGACAAAACAACAAUUGGGAAAACCAAAUUGAAUUAUGCUAGAAUACAGAUAGAGGUUGGUAUGAAGCAACAUUUUCCUGAAGAAGUACAGUUUGAAGAUGAUAAAGGAAGGAUCAUAACACAGAUUGUGAAAUAUGAGUGGUACCCUAUCUCAUGUAAUCACUGUAAAGCAAUUGGGCAUCCAGAAAAUUUGUGCAGGAAGAAAACAGGUGAAAGGAAAAAGAUGGUAUGGAAAAGAAAAGAUAUCCCAAAUAAGGAAGAAGAAGCAAAAGAAGAGGGAAAGGAAGAGGUACAAAAAGAAGAAGAAGACAAAGCAAUACCUGCUGAUAAGGACUUGGAUACUGUAGAGGAAGAAGGGGAAUUCACAGAGGUCAGUAAGAAGAAAGCUAAUAGGAAACUAUAUCUGGAAGACCAGGAAUAUGAGAAGGCUUAUGACUCUAUUGCUCUGAUGGGAGUUCUGGAGACCAAAAUAAGGCAGGAUAGGUAUGCCAAAAUAAAGGAGAAGUUCCUAGAAAACUGGGAAUACUUUAUUAAUAAUGAGUAUCAUCCCCUCGGGAGAGUCUGGGUUAUAUGGGAUAAGAGGAAAGCUGAAGUUAACAUACUAGCAGCAUGUGACCAAGCAGUUCAUUGUAGCGUCAGAUGGAUAGGCAAAACUCAUACUGAGGAUGUUACCUUUAUCUAUGGGCACAAUGAUAAUGGAGCAAGGAAGAGCUUAUGGCAGUUCUUACAGGGCAUGUAUGCACAGACUAGUGGAGCUUGGUGCUUAAUGGGGGACUUUAAUACUAUACUUGGAACUGACGAUAGGAAGGGUGGCCUGCAAAUUAUCCUGGAGGAAACUUUGGAUUUCAGAGAAUGCAUAAAUUUCUGUGAAUUGGAAGAAAUCCCUAAAGAAGGAGCCUACUACACUUGGACAAAUAAACAAAUGAGAGAGAACAGAAUUAUAUCAAAGUUAGAUUGGGCUUUUGCAAAUAAUGAAUGGCUGAUCAACAAUAAUGCAAAAACUAGAGUGUUGGAGGAAGGUAUAUCUGACCAUUCACCGCUUAUCUUAAUCCCAGUGGAUUAUUCAUGUGCCAAAAAGAUCUUUAGAUUUUGUGACAUGUGGAUCACAAACCCCGAGUUCCCUAAGAUAUUGAAGGAUGUCUGGAACUCUAAUAUAGAAGGAAGGAAGAUGUAUCAGCUUACCCAAAAGCUAAAGAUGCUGAAACAACCUCUGAGGAAACUGCACAGGAGGAAGUUUAGUAAUAUACAAGAUCAAUGUGAUUUGGUGAGAGAGGAAGUAGCUAGAAUCCAAAAGGAGCUGAGGAAUGAUCCUUUUAAUACCACACUAAUAACAGAGGAGAGGAAACUGAUUGCAGAUUUUCAAAUGAAAUCGAAGAACUCUCAUAAAAUGCAAUGCCAGAUUAUGAAACAAACUUGGAUCAAAGAGGGCGACCUGAACUCUAGAAUGUUCCAUGCCUGGAUCAAGAAAAGAAAGAUUCAAAAUCAUAUUGGAUGUAUUUACAACAAUAAGGGGGAUAGGAUUGAAGACACUGAAGGGAUUGCUGGGGAAAUGAUAAGAUUUUUCCACCAACUCCUAGGCACAAAGAAUCAGGUAGAGGAGAUUGACACAGAGGUGUUUGGUUGGCUGAACUACAAGAUUGAAGGUGCAAAUCUUAAAGAAUUUGGUGAGAAAAUAAUGAAGAUGCAGGGGACAAGGCGAAGAGAGAUAGCCAUGGCAGCUUGGAGGGCUGUCUGUUAUAUUGAUCUCUUCGAUUUAGUGGUAGCAACUUCGCCUCCUAAGGAUCUUCAGGGGCUAUACCAUCCUCUAUAUAUUUGUCCAGUCGAUCCAACGAUUCUGGAGGGUUGCCACCACCGAGAUAACACUCUCUUUCUUCAAGUUGAGCACACGCAACUCUUCAAUAGUAGCCUGUUAGAAUUCUCCAAACUGCUGUUAAUCUCCGGUGUGGUCGUCUACCUGGGAAUCAUCCUCCUCCCCAACAUCCCGCCGUGCCCGCCGUCGCCGGAGAUAAUGAUAUCUUCAUCGAGGCUCGCGAUGCCAGCGUCGACAACGUCGCCCGGUGAUCCGCCAGGGUCGUCCCCAAAACCGGACGACGGCGGCGGCGGCGGCCCUCCUCCGGCCACCGCCUCCGAGUCCAAAACCAACCUCAGCCACCUGAUCUUCGGGCUGGUCGGGUCCGAGAAGGCGUGGCAUCACCGCAAGGCGUACAUCGAGACGUGGUGGCGGCCGAACGUGACCCGAGGGUUCAUCUACCUGGACACGGAGCCCACGGAAGAGCUUCUCCCGUGGUCCCCGUGGUCCCCGCCAUACAGGGUGUCAGACAACAUCACCAAGGUGGUGGGGGAGACGGGGCACGUGGACGCGACAGUGGCGAGGCUGGUGCACGGGAUCAUGGAGGUGUUCAGGGACUGCAACGGGGACGGCGGCGACGACGAGAGGGUGAUCAGGUGGGUGGUGAUGGGGGACGACGAUUCGAUUUUCAUGCUGGACAACAUGGUGGAGCUACUCGCGAGGAUUUGGUGGCGCUGGCUUCUUCCUGAGUUACCCUUUGGCCAAGGCACUCGCACACUCUAUGAAAUCCUGUCUUAAGAGAUACAACCAGAUGAGGGCUGCUGAUUCUACCACCAUGGCUUGCAUUGCCGAUCUUGGAACCAACCUCUCCCCCAUUCCCGGCAUUCAUCAGGUAAUUUUUAUGUUUAUACACCCAUGUAAACCUAGAUAUUAGUGGUUUACCCAGAUAAAUUAAACAACCAUUG